AUCAGCAAGCUAUUCAGAAUUUCAGAUCCCCCUCUUCCUCCUCAUCAGCCUCCUUCGUCGUAGUCAGCGACAACACGUCUUCCUGCAGCGAGCGGCGUUCAAUACGGGCGUGGACAUGGCGGAGAAGAGCUCGCUUCGCCGGUUGAAGCGCCUCCUCCCGGCGUUCGCCGCCAUCGACGCCGCAAUCGAGGCCGCCACCGGCUUCUCCCGAGACAAUAUCCGGCAAGAGAGGGGCAAGCUCGUGGAGAUGCUCUGUGAUAUCAUCACGGACAACGACAGCGUCGAGCUAGCGGAGGGGCUCUGCCAGCUGCUCGACGAGGCGAUGGUUUUCGCGCUCAAGAGGCUGAGGGUGGUGGAGGCGACCCCGACCGUGCUGGCAACCACCGACGCCAUCAAGGCCGUCGCCGGUCUGCGGAGUCACGAGUCCGGGAGGGUGCGCGGCCUCGCGUGCAGCAUCAUCGGCGGGUGGACGACAUCGAUUAAUUGUGACAUCUCCACGGGCAGAGCGAUCUUAGUCAAACUGUCGAAGAUGCAGCAAGCGCACAAGGCGUUACGCGUUCCCGGCCGUCGCCACUGAUAUGGUCGUCACAGGGUUUAGGAAUUACGGCUGUGUACGUAAUGAUGCUUGUGAAUCUGCGAGGAUUAUCUUUUCCAGGUUUCAUUCAACAACCACUGUGACUAUACUCGUUGUGCUUUCUCUGUUCUGAUGAUGUCUACAAGAAGCAAUAGGCCGUGUUCAGUUUCUGCUUGAGUAAAAAUACUAAAAACUCCUAGUAUUAUUCUAGCUAGAACAUGCAUCAUGUUCUGUGUUCUGAUC